UUUUUUUUUUUUUUUGGACAUCAUUUUCGUACAAAUUAAAUCUUGGUCCCACCAUGUUCUUCCUGCGGAAUUUAUCACAUACAAUCAAUCUGCAUCCUUCUUACUUUGGUCCACAUAUGAAGGAGUUCCUACUCCGGAACCUUCAUGGAGAUGUAGAAGGGACUUGUUCAGGAAGAGUUGGCUUCAUUAUAUGUGUCUUGACCGUUACCAACAUCAGUCCAGGCAAAGUCUUACCCGGAUCAGGCCUUGCAGAGUUCGUGGUUCAAUACCAAGCCAUUGUCUUUAAACCUUACAAAGGAGAAGUAGUGGACGCGAUCGUGACUAGUGUCAAUCAGAUUGGGUUCUUUGCGGACGUUGGGCCUUUGCAAGUCUUUGUUGCCCAAAAGUUAAUGCCAAAUGAUUUCAAGUUUGAUUCAAAUGGUCCCUGUUACAGAGGGGAUGACCAGAUGAUCGAAAAGAAUGGGCAAGUGCGACUCAAAAUUGUUGGAUUGAAGUAUCAGGCAACUCAGAUCAAUGCUGUGGGAACGAUAAAGGAAGAUUACUUGGGCCAGAUUCAAUAAAUUAGACUGCUGUAAAGGGAAGGAACAGGAUUGACAAUAAAAAACAUAAAACAUCAUCUUGCUCUUUUGUACUGAAGUAGACUUUUAGAUCUAUUUCGAAAGG